AUGUCGACCUUUGCUUCGGGCGGCGAGUUCACCGCGCCGGACCCAUCUGUCUCAGCCUACACCCAGCUGCAGUUUGGUAUGGAUGCGUCCAUGCUCGAGUCGCAGUCGUCGAUGGGCUCGCUCGGCUCGUCGGCCUCGUCGCUCUCGGACGAUCCGUCCGCGAACCACUCGGUCUCGGACGCAGGGCUUGGCGCGACGACGGUCUCGACUGGCGGCGGCAUUGUGGUCGCCGGCAACGCCGAGGUCGAGGUCAUCCGUUCCAAGCGCGGCGCUGCCCACUUUGAGCCAGCAGCCGCGCUCACCCGGGACGACCUCGACGCUGUCCACACUAUUACCCUCUCCGAGACCGAGACCUUUGUCAUGCUCGACUUUGCCGCCCGCGUGGUCCAGGCCGACUCGGACGAGGCUGCUGCCGUCCUCGACCGUAACGCCCGCUACGAGGCGCUCAAAAAGGCCCGAGUCGGCUCGGACGCGUAUUCGUCGCGCGGUGUCCAGACCUACAACCGCGACCUCAAGUCCAAGGAGGUCCAAAAGGAUCCUCCACUCAAGAAGACCGCAGGCACCCAAGUGACGGGCUGGUCUAUUCACGACGAGGCUGCAAAGCUUGCGAGCACCGCCGACGCCGACGCCGACGAAGACGACCCGUCCGCCGCCAAGGCCCGUCACGCCGAGGACGCCUUCCUCGAGGCCGCCUUUGCCGACGACAUCGAUGACGACGACGAUGCCAGCGAGGUCGGCGGCGACCUCUCAUCCAACGCUUCCAUCACCGAGUCCGGCUCGCGCUCGUCGAUGGACACCGGCUCGCUUUCGGCAGCCGCAGGCGGCCUCGACUCGUCCGGCAUGGGCUCAAUGGCCAACGCCACCAUGACCCGCGCCGCAGGCACAUCGACCCGCGGCGGCUCCGGCCAGCGUGCCUUGCCGGGUCUUGCCGGCGUCGCGGCUAUGUCCAUGGAGCAGCGCGCAAAGGUGUUCAUGGCCAAGCAAGCUCGGGUUGCCUCGCUCGCAGACACGCUGCGUGUUGUCGAGCGCGUUGUGACCCAGAACAUCUUCCACUGGCGCCAGCUCGAGUUUCGCGGCAUGCCGCUCGCGGGCCUGCCCGAGCCCGUCGCCGACGACGACUCGGACCUCGGCGACGACGACGCCGACCGCGACUCGGACGACGAGCUCUUCCGCGACUACGACGAGCCAGCCGCCGUCCCGCAGCCGUCGCUCACCAAGCCGCCGUCCGCCCGCGUAGGCGCUGGCGGCGAAGGCGCAGACGGUGCCGACCCCAACCGCGCUACGUCGCUCGACUUUGACGACUCGCCCGCUGAGCCGUCGCUCAAGCUCCUCUGGCGCUUUGAGUGCGAUGCCACCGCCGGCCGCGCCGUCACCUGCAUGGGCUGGAACCCGCGCGACUCGGACCUCCUUGCCGUCGGUUACGGCGCCUUCAACGGAACCGCGCACGGCGCCUCAGACGGCCUUGUCCUCUGCUGGUCGCUCAAAAAUGUGUUUGCCCCCGAGCGCACCAUCCGUCUUCCUUCGGGCGUCACCGCCCUCGACACCUCGGUCCGCUUCCCCAACCUACUCGCCGUCGGCCUCUUUUCUGGCGCCAUCGCCGUCUACGACCUGCAGACCUCGUGCGACGAGCCCAUCUUUUCCUCGGGCCAUAUCCGCGAAAUGCACCGUGACCCGGUGUGGCAGCUCCAGUGGGUCGACCUCGGUAUGGAAAAGGGCGAGCGCCUCGUCUCGGUCUCCACUGACGGCACCGUCAAGGAGUGGUCCAUCAAAAAGGGCCUCGAGUUCCAGUCCAACCUCAUGUCGCUCUCGCGCGUGGCAAACCCGGCAAAGACCAAGGCCGGCGACGCAGAGGUUUCGGUCUGGCGCCAUGUCGGUGGCCUUGCCAUGGCCUUUUCGCCUGUCGACCCCACCACGUACCUCGUCGGCACUGAGAACGGGAACAUCCACCGCUGCUCUUCAUCGUACAAUGAGCAGUACCUCGCGUCGUACUCGGCCCACGUCGGCCCGGUCUACACCGUCACUUGGUCGCCCUUUGCCCCAAACAUCUUCCUCUCCUCCUCCACAGACUGGUCUGUCAAGCUCUGGGACGUCAACGCCCAGGCACCGCUCGUCGACUUUCGCACCUGCGCCGACGCCACAAAUGAUGUCGCCUGGUCGCCGCUCGACGCCACUCUCUUUGCCACCGCGAACAACGACGGCACCCUCCAGAUCUGGGACCUCUCCCUCAAGGACUACCUCGACCCGCUCAUCACCUUGUCGCUCGGCUCGAUCCCGCCUGCCGCCGCCGCUGCUGCCCGCCCAUCCUCGGCCGCUACUGGGCUUUUGGGUCGGACUCGCACCGGGCCCGCCGCAGCAGCAGCAGCGGCAGACACCGGCCCGUCUGCUACUGGCGUCACGUCCGGAACCGACGCCCACGGCGAGCCGGCCGCAGCCUCUGGCCUCGCCCGCGAUGACAUCGACGGCGCCGAGCUGCCGCCCAAGAUCGCCACUGCCGUCGUCUUUGCGCGCAACGACCCUGUCGUCCUCUGCGGCAACUCGGUCGGCCAGGUCGAGGUCUUCCGUCUCAGCAACCUGCACAACGCCAUCCGUGUCGACGACUCGUCGCGAUCCAUGUUCAACGCCUCGACCACGGCGUCUAACCUCGCCGCCAUCGUCGACGACAUGGCCGCUACUCUCGGCGUCGACGCUGUCGCCCUCCUCAGUGGCAGCGGCACGCUACCCGACGCCGUGUCGCCGGCUCAGCGCGCGCGUCUGCAAACUGCGCGCCUGGACGUCGCCCUCGAAGCCAACGCUCGCCGUUGAAAAGAAUGAAUAAAGGUAGGUUCAUUGCUUGCUCGCUAAACAACUUGCUGC